AUGGUCGGGGGCCAGGAACCUGCCUCGAAGGCCGUUGGUGUCUCCAAAAGGCCCGUUGACGGGCCAGAGCAGAUGGGGGCAGCCCGGGCCAGCAGACGCUUCCCACACCCCCCCGAGACAGAAGCUUUGGUUGAACAGGGCCAUGCCACCUCCGCCAACAACCCUGGGGAUGGCACCUGCCCGGGGGUGGGGGAGGAGGCGCCCAGGGCUCUUAAUACCUACCGCCUCCACCUUCUCCCCAAAGGUGGGGGCCAAGGGAGCCUCAAGCUGUCCCCAGUCAGUGAGCCUGAGCCCUGCCAUCUACCAUCCCCUUCUGUCCACCCACAGGCUCAGGUGGCCUUCCUCCAGGGAGAGAGGAAGGGGCAGGAGAAUCUCAAGACGGACCUGGUGCGGCGGAUCAAGAUGUUGGAAUACGCACUGAAGCAGGAGAGGGCCAAAUACCAUAAACUGAAAUUUGGGACAGACCUGAACCAGGGGGAGAAGAAGCCAGAACUAUCGGAACCAGUCUCCAAUGGCCCCGUGGAGUCAGUCACCCUGGAGAGCAGCCCGUUGGUGUGGAAGGAGGGGCGGCAGCUUCUCCGACAGUACCUGGAAGAGGUCGGCUACACCGACACCAUCCUGGACAUGCGAUCCAAGCGUGUGCGCUCCCUGCUGGGCCGCUCGUUAGAGCUCAACGGGGCCGCCGAGCCCAGCGAAGGGGGCCCCAGGGCCCCGCCGGCCCCCGGGGGGCUCAGCGGUGGGGAAUCGCUGCUGGUGAAACAGAUCGAGGAGCAGAUCAAGAGGAAUGCGGCCGGCAAGGAUGGCAAAGAGCGCUUGGGCGGCUCGGUGCUGGAGCAGAUCCCCUUCCUGCAGAACUGCGAGGACGAGGACAGUGACGAGGACGACGAGCUGGACAGUGUGCAGCACAAGAAGCAGCGCGUGAAGCUGCCAUCCAAGGCCCUGGUUCCUGAGAUGGAGGACGAAGACGAGGAGGACGACUCAGAGGACGCCAUCAACGAGUUUGAUUUCCUGGGCUCGGGAGAGGAUGGGGAGGGCUCUCCAGACCCGCGGCGAUGUGCUGGAGAGGGGACCCACCAUGAACUGGAAAGCCGGCGGGUCAAACUCCAGGGGAUCUUGGCUGACCUUCGGGAUGUGGAUGGGCUGCCCCCCAAAGUAACCGGCCCGCCUCCUGGCACCCCCCAGCCCCGGCCCCACGAAGGUUCCUUUGGCUUCUCCUCAGACGUUUUCAUCAUGGACACUAUCGGGGGCGGGGAGGUGAGCCUGGGGGACUUGGCAGAUCUCACCGUCACCAACGACAACGACCUCAGCUGUGAUCUGUCUGACAGCAAAGACGCCUUCAAGAAGACCUGGAACCCCAAGUUCACUCUCCGCUCCCACUAUGACGGCAUCCGCUCCCUGGCUUUCCAUCACAGCCAGUCGGCUUUGCUCACCGCUUCCGAGGACGGCACGCUGAAGCUCUGGAACCUCCAGAAGGCAGUCACGGCCAAGAAGAACGCCGCGCUAGAUGUGGAGCCUAUCCACGCCUUCCGGGCUCACAGGGGCCCCGUGUUGGCCGUGGCCAUGGGCAGCCACAGUGAAUACUGUUACAGUGGUGGGGCAGACGCCCGCAUCCAUAGCUGGAAGAUUCCAGACCUCAACAUGGACCCCUACGACGGUUACGACCCGAGCGUGUUGAGCCACGUCCUGGAGGGCCACGGGGACGCGGUGUGGGGCCUGGCCUUCAGUCCCGCCUCCCAGCGCCUGGCCUCCUGCUCUGCCGAUGGCACCGUCCGCAUCUGGGACCCCAGCAGCAGCAGCCCGACCUGCCUCUGCACCUUCUCCACAGCCAGCGAUCACGGGACCCCCACCUCAGUGGCCUUCACCAGCACCGAGCCUGCCCACAUCGUGACCUCCUUCCGUUCUGGCGACACCGUCCUGUAUGACCUGGAGGCUGGCAGUGCCCUCCUCACGCUGGACUCCCGGGGGAACAGCGGCCCAACCCAGAUCAACCAGGUGGUGAGUCACCCCAGCCAGCCCCUCACCAUCACCGCCCAUGAUGACAGAGGCAUCCGUUUCCUGGACAACCGAACAGGGAAAUUGGUGCACUCCAUGGUCGCCCACCUGGACGCGGUCACCUGCCUCGCCGUGGACCCCAAUGGCGUCUUCCUGAUGUCAGGAAGCCAUGACUGCUCGCUGCGUCUGUGGAGCCUGGACAACAAGACGUGUGUUCAGGAGAUCACGGCCCACCGCAAGAAGCAUGAGGAGGCCAUCCACGCGGUUGCCUGCCACCCCAGCAAGGCCCUCAUCGCCAGCGCGGGCGCCGACGCCCUGGCCAAGGUCUUCGUAUGAUGCCCACCUGGCCCCCCAGCCCAGGCCACCACGCUGGCUGGGGGGCGGGGCCGGGCAGUGGCACUGAGGUGACUCCCGGCCUUGGUCUGGAGGCCCCAAGGCCUGGCUGCCUCCUGCCUGCCUUGGGGCCUGGUGGUGCUAUCGGCCCUCUCCCUAGGAGGCCCUUCCCAUGGCCUCCCGCCGGGCGCGGCCUCCUUCAGGAAUCGCCCUCCAGCAUGGUCUCUGGGAGUUUUCCCUUCACCCUGACACCCACGCCAGGUCUCUGAGCCUCCUUCUCUGGAGCCACACAUCCAGGGCUGGGUGUCCAUGGGGCUCAACUUUUCCAAGAUGCCAGAAGGUGCCGGGUUCUCUUUUGGAACCCCUGACCACUCCUCUCCACCUCCCUGGCCCCAGGUGGGAGCCACGCGGGAGGCCCCCCUGCGCCCCUGCUCUGGGUCUGCUGGGGCCCUGGAGCCAGCUGCAGGCCAGAUCGUCCUCCCUGCGGGGGCCUCUCCCCCCCCCCCCCCCACCAGCGUGCCCAGUAAUCCCCCUCCCCUCCAGUUCCCUCAGCACAGCUUUCCAGACACUACCCAGCGCCGCCAGGGCCAGUAACUGCCUGGGGAGCAGGUGAUGCCCUCGGGGGAGCGCCCGACCCUACCUCCCCCAACACUUCUCCAAGGGCAGCCCCCCAAACCCCCAUGGGGUGACCCAUGGGGGGAGAGAUAGCCUUCUCUUGCCCCUUCGCAGGGCAUGGAGGGUGGAGUGGGGUCCCCUGGGCCCCCCGUAACUCCCUGUAUAUCUGUAUAAAUAAAUGGGAUUUUAAUGGAGCCCCCUUCCCCCAUGUUGUUAUCACUGUGUGAUAGUCUGUCCGUUUCCACUCCUGACCCUUCACUCUCUUCCUCUAUUUAUUUCACUCUGUUUUGGGUUCCACCCUGUGCCCCCAGGCCCCCCUCCCAGGUUCCUGUUUAUAAGCCCCAUCCCUUCUGCCCUGACUUGUACGUGAAACUUGUCUCAAUAAACCCUUUGGAGUAAGA